AAACGACAAAAGUUGUAGACCUCGUAAGACAAAAAUAUGCUUCCUACUGUCUUAUCGACAGUUCCAAAAUCCUUACUGUUUUUCAUAGCAGUCAUACUAUCACAGUAUAAAAUUCAGUGUAAAUCGUCAUUAUUGAAUGUAACAGAUCCUGAAACUUGGAAGAGGUUGGCAGUUGAGAGAUUUAAUAAAUUUGAACAAUCAUUAUAUUACUUAUCACUCAAACGACCAAAAAAUGUCAUCUUAUUUAUUGGUGAUGGUAUGAGUUUGAACACUGUUACUGGAGCAAGAUAUUUGAAAGCGGAGAAGAUGGAUCUUUUAGGUGGUGAUGUACAACUAGUGUGGGAGAACUGGCCUGUUGCAUCACUUGUCCGUACAUUCAACUCAGAUAGACUGACAACAGAUUCAGGUUCUGCGGCAACUGCUUUUAUGUCAGGUGUUAAAGGGCCUCACAAAUCUAUCGGUGUCACGGGAACAGUGAAGUGCUGUGAAUGUACUGAGUUAAAAGAAAUGGAAAGAGCGAAAUCUUCUCUCAUGUAUGCCUCUAGAGCAGGAUUUUCCACUGGAAUAGUUACAACUACGAGAGUAACUCAUGCAACACCCGCAGCAGCAUAUGCCAAUAUAUUACAUCGAGAUUGGGAGUCGGUAGGACCAUCAAACGAGCAUGGAUUCCACUGCGUAGACGCUGCUACACAACUACUGACGAACGCUUCUCACGUCAACGUCAUAAUGGGAGGAGGGGCAGCAGAAUUCUAUGGUCCGUCAGACAAUACCACCUUCAACAUGAAAGGGAAACGCUCUGAUUCACGCAACCUUUUACUUGAAUGGCAGGCUAUGCAGACCAAAAUGAAUCGCAAACAUGUUCUCUUACAUACAAACGAUGAGUUUAAACGAACCGACUGGUCUUUGGUUGACUACGUUUUGGGUUUGUUUUCUCCGAGUCAUUUGGCUUAUCAACUGGAAAAUCAAGACCAACCAAGUUUAGCAGAAAUGACAGAAGCUGCUAUCAAAGUACUUUCUCGUAAUCCUAAAGGAUUUCUUUUGUUAGUGGAAGGAGGUAGGAUUGAUCAUGGGAAUCACGAAAAUCGAGCACAAUAUGCGUUAACUGAAACUUUGGAGCUCGAAAAAGCCGUAGAGAAAGCAUUGUCACUUGUUGAUCAACAAGAAACUUUGCUGCUUGUAACAGCUGACCAUUCUCACGUUUAUGGAGUGGUUGGCUAUCCGACAAGGGACACGAGUGUGCUAGAUGUGGAUAAUACUGAAAAAGGAAAUGAUAAUAAAUCAUAUCUCAUAUCUUCCUAUUUCAAUGGACCAAGAGGUAUAUUGGAUGCACCUCGAUCAGAUCCGGCAACAGAAGAUAGAUUUGCAAGCAACUAUACGGCAGAAUCAUUGGUGAGACUCCGUUUUUCUACACACAGUGCUGAGGAUGUACCGAUUUAUGCUAAUGGACCUUACAGUGAACUAUUUCAUUCUUCAUUGGACAAUACAUUUAUUGCGCAUGCAACCAUGUACUCGCUUUGUAUCGGACCAUACACGAAUCAGUCACAUUGUGACGAAGGAAACAAUUGAUUUCAACUCAGAGGACUUCAUCUAAAUAACCUUUAUUAUUUACUAUUUCUUAGUGUUAUUUUGUACACUUUCAUACAUUAGUGUAUAUUUUGUGGUAUUUUGUUCAAAUGAUUAAUUUCAUGUGUUUCAUGUAAGUAUAUUUGUUAUUUGUAAUAUUUAUCAGGUUAGAUUAUAUAAGAAUUCAUCAAAUGAUUUAUGGAUAUACAGACAUGUAUUUUGUGAAUGA